GACUCCCGCGGCCGCGCGGGGGUGGCCGGGAGCCCGGAAGUCCGCGGAGCGCUGGGAGUCCGACGGCCGCGCGGGGGCGGCCGGGAGCCCGGAAGUCGGCCGAUGGCCGCGGGUCCUGGCGGCGGGGCGGUCCGCGGCUGCCUGCGAGUUUUAAAAAGAGCAUUUUCGCUGCGUGAAGCACACUCAGUAAAGGAUAUGGAAAAUACUUUACAGUUGGUGAGAAAUGUGGUGCCUCCUCUAACCACCAAGAAGCACAAAGGGCAAGAUGGGAGGAUAGGCGUGGUGGGAGGCUGCCGAGAGUACACUGGAGCCCCCUAUUUUGCAGCAAUCUCAGCUCUCAAAGUGGGUGCGGACUUGUCCCACGUGUUCUGCACCCAGGAGGCUGCGCCUGUGAUCAAGUCGUACAGCCCGGAGCUGAUCGUUCACCCAGUUCUGGACAGCCCCGAUGCCGUGCAUGACGUGGAAAAGUGGCUGCCCCGGCUGCACGCCCUGGUCAUCGGGCCUGGCCUGGGCAGAGACGAGGUUCUCCUCGGAAACGUCAAGGGCAUUUUAGAAGCCUCCAAGGCCAGGGGCGUCCCCGUGGUCAUCGACGCGGACGGGCUGUGGCUGGUCGCUCAGCAGCCGGCCCUCGUCCAGGGCUACCGGAAGGUGGUUCUCACCCCCAACCACGUGGAGUUCAGCAGACUCGCCGAGGCUGUGCUGGGAGACCCCCUGGAUGGCGGGGACCGCCGCGGAGCUGUGCUGAGGCUCAGCCAGGCCCUGGGCAACGUCACCGUGGUCCAGAAGGGGGAGCAGGACGUUAUCUCUGAUGGCGAGCAGGUGCUCGCCUGCAGCCAGGAGGGCAGCGGCCGCAGGUGUGGGGGUCAGGGGGACCUCCUGUCCGGCUCCCUGGGCGUCCUGGCGCACUGGGCCCUCCGUGCUGGCCCAGAGAAGACCAGCGGGUGCAGCCCUCUCCUCGUGGCUGCCUUCGGCGCCUGCGCCCUCACCCGGCAGUGCAGCCACCAGGCCUUCCAGAAGCACGGCCGCGCCACCACCACCUCGGACAUGAUCGCGGAGGUCGGGCCUGCGUUCCGCAGACUCUUCGAAACCUGAGCCGGUGCAGACGGGCGCAGAGCUGCGUCCCUAGCGGGACCCACGCCCGGUCCGUCUGAGUCCUCUGGGAGCCUGUGAGUCUGGGCUGCACGGGACUUCGUAGAGACCAUCAGAACCUGGAACGUGGCAGUCUCUGGCUGAACUGCUAGGUCCCGGGAGAUGUUAUGAUAGGAAACCAAGUGUUCCUGGAGUUUGCUUAGCUCCUGGGCAGCGUCAGAAAAGAAUGCAGAGGAUCAUGAGCGCGAGGCCGCAUGCUGGCAGCUCCACUGAGGCUGCGGGCUCUUGCUGCGCCAUCCUUUUGUGUGUGCGAGAAGUUCCCCUCAGUAGACAGUCCUCUCGGGGGAUCCUGUCACUCGUUUUCAAACAUCUUCGUGAAUGUUUUCUUUUUUAAAUUGAUGUCUCCCAAAGGGUGGUGCAUUCAUUCUUUAGCUCAUUUUUGGGGUGUUUUUUUUUUUGCGCAGCAAAUCAGACACAUCUGGGCAGAAAUAUUAAGUAUUGGUUGUUUUGGUAAAUUGCGUGAAAUAUUUCAGAGUAAUUGGUGAUCUGUUAGAACUUGGAAAUCUUUUUGGAGGCACCUGGGAGUACCACAGAAGGAAGUGAAUGGGACCCUGUGCCCCGGGUGUGCAGGUGGGGACGCUGGGAUACGUCACACUCUCACUUCUCCUGGCCUGUGCACAAGUCGGGUGGUGGCUGGCGGCCCCAGCGGGGCACACGAGUGGGAGGGAUGCCCGGGGCUCCGGGGUCGGGCGGGAGAUGGCACCCAGGUUCGGGGGCUGAACACCAUCCUCAAGCCUGCUUAUGGAGCCGGACAGCGGGUGCCUCUGCUCUGAGAGGGGUGUGGCCUCAAGAAUGUUCUGAAGACGUUUUCUCAGAAACUAGUGAAUUGUCGUCUCGUGAGGAUCGGGCCAGCUUGUGUGUGGUCGUCUGUGCAGCAGUUCUCUUAGUGGCCCAGGAGUUACUUGUUUCCCGUCGCGUUUCUCCAUGGAGUCGGUUACAACGUGUGCACUUUCAAGCGUUUGAUGCUGCCUUCUGGCGGGGGCAGCUGUCCUUCCUCAGUGAUUCCUGCUCUGUGGUCAGACAUCUCUCCCUACAAAAGAUCCUACUUUCUUUAAACAGUGAUGGACUUUUAAGAUUUAUUUUAAAAUGUUUACCGCCGUGAUUUCACAUCUAACUGUAGAAAAGCUUCACUGCUGUCGUGGACAUUUUCUCCUUCAGGGAAUUACGCCUAAAUCAUGGUCAUUAUUAAAAGGCAGAUUUGGUUUACUUCAA